CUGCGGCUGGCUUGACGUCGGUCGCAUUUCAUUGGGAGUGCGGACGCUCAGACUGAAGGAAGGAAGGUUUUGUGGAGGAAACUUGAGGACAUGCGGCGUCUCCUGCAAACUUUAUUCAAACCAAACUUUCUGCGAGCUGAAGAAAGACCCGAAGUGUGAAGAAUGAACUGAAGAGUUGCGGAGAGGAGAGGGGGGACAAGAGCCGUUCACUCCCAUUGAUCCUGUAUCGAGUAAAGAUGCAGGCUGCUGCUGCGGCUGCUGUGGCUCUGACUGCGCUGAGUGUUUUCUUCAGCCUGGACUGCCUGUCCGCUCAUCGGUCCAAACCAAACCAGAUACAGAAUGACAAAAACAUUCAGAAUAAUGAGACAGAAGCGAAGAAGAAGAACCAGCCGCACAUCUUGUUCAUCCUCACAGACGACCAGGGCUUCAACGACAUCGGCUACCACAACCCGACCAUCAAGACUCCCACUCUGGACAAACUGGCGGCGGAGGGCGUGAAGCUGGAGAACUACUACGUUCAGCCCAUCUGCACGCCGUCGCGCAGCCAGCUCAUCACCGGCAGAUAUCAGAUCCACACAGGACUACAACACUCCAUUAUCAGACCCAGGCAGCCGAGCUGUCUGCCGUCACACAUGGACACUCUGCCGGAGAGGCUCCGCGAGGCCGGCUACACCACACACAUGGUCGGCAAGUGGCACCUGGGCUUCUACAGGAAGGCAUGCCUGCCCACCAGAAAGGGUUUUGACAGUUUCUUUGGUUCUUUAACAGGAAGUGUGGAUUACUACAGUUACGGGUCCUGUGAUGGCCCGGGGUUGUGUGGGUAUGAUCUCCAUGACGACGAGGGUGUGGCGUGGGGCCAGGAAGGGAAAUACUCCACCACGCUCUUCACACAGAGAGCUCGCAAGAUCCUCGAGAGUCACGACCCCACAGACAGGCCACUCUUCCUGCUGCUCUCCCUCCAGGCAGUUCACACUCCUCUACAGACUCCCAAGUCCUACAUCUACCCCUACCGUGACAUGGCUAACAUCGCUCGGAGAAAGUUUGCCGCCAUGGUGUCCACAGUGGACGAGUCGGUCCGAAAUGUCACCUAUGCUCUGAAAAAGUACGGAUAUUACCGGAACAGCGUUAUCAUCUACUCCACCGACAACGGAGCCCAGCCAUUCACAGGAGGGAGCAACUGGCCGCUACGAGGCCGUAAGGGAACGUAUUGGGAAGGUGGAGUCCGUGGAGUGGCGUUCGUUCACAGCCCCCUGUUGAGACGCAGGAGACGAGUCUCCAAAGCGCUGCUGCACGUCACCGACUGGUUCCCCACGCUGGUGGGCCUGGCCGGGGGAAACGUCAGCCAGAGCCAGGGCCUGGAUGGUUUUGAUGUUUGGCCCACCAUCAGUGAAGGGAAGGAGUCACCUCGUCAGGAGAUCCUUCACAACAUUGACCCUCUUCACAAACUUCCUGUAAAAACCAUGACCUCGGACGCCGGCACAGUAAGCAAAUUGAAAGGCCGAGGCCCAGCCUUUAAGAAGCCAAAGAAGAAGAAGAUCCUGGGUCAGCAACCGAAGCAGAAGUCAGCGUUCAAGCUGAAGACCACCAAGAAACCUCGGACGUUUUCCCAUCAUGCUGCUAAACCCAAACCGAAAUCCAAGCCCCUUCCUAAACCGAAGCUUAAGCCCCUCCCAAAACCAAAAUCAAAACCCAAACCCAAGACCAAAGUCUCACCUCAGAACCAGAGACGGUCACAUUACAAACCGCAUCUAAAGUCCCACUCCAGUGGUAUUCCAUUAGUGUCAGGAACAUCUCGCCCUAAAUCUCAGCCUCAGAUCCAACCACGUUUAAAGUCAAAAUCCAGGCGGACUAUAUCCCAGAGCCAGAACCUGUCACGGUCAAGACCUCCUCAACCAAAAUCCAAGACACACCUAAAAUUACAUUUAAAGUCAAAGUCCAGGCGGACAUUAUCCCAAUACCAGAACAUGUCCCAGCCAGGGACGCCGCAACCCAAAUCCCAUCUAUCACCCGAGUUGAGGCUCCAGUCGUCCCAGCCAGUAUGGGACACAUCAGUCCAGGCUGCCAUCAGAGUUGGAGACUGGAAGCUGCUAACAGGAGACCCAGGUCAUGGAGACUGGGUCCCCCCACAGGUACUUCCCACUCUCCCCGGUCGCUGGUGGAACCUCGAACGUGCCGUCUCGUCGUUCCACGAACCCUCCACCCACAAAAAUGUCUGGUUGUUCAACAUCACAGCCGACCCGUGCGAGCGGCGGGACCUGGCAGACCAGAGACCAGACGUGGUCCAACAGCUGAUGGCCCGACUCGCCUACUAUAACCAAACAGCCGUGCCGGUUUAUUUUCCACCCGACGACCCUCGAGCCAAUCCCAGCCGGCACAGUGGAGCCUGGGUACCCUGGGUGGACGAAGAGGAGGACGAGGAGGGAAAAUAUCACGGCGUGUACAAGAAAGGUUGGAACAGUAGGAAGAAAAAGAAGAAGAAGAAGUGCCGGCUGUGCAAUCUGAAGUCGUUCUUUCAGAAACUGAACACCAGGAUGAUGUCCAAUCGGAUCUGAGGCGAUUGUGUCAGUGACUUCAAAAUUUUGAAAUGUUGUUUGUUGUUUUUACAUUGUUACAUUUUCGCCUCCUAAAACAAGUGAAAAACGUUGUCACCGAGUUAAUUCCACUACAUUCAGUUGAAGCGAAACUCUUUCAAAAACUUUCUAAAACAUGUCUUUUCACUGGCUUCACUUUUCUGCUUGUUCCUCUAAAAAUCAAGUGAAAAUAGUUGAUUUUUUAAAUUUUUCAAUAACAACUUUCUCAUUUACGUCAUGUCAUUUGUAAUAUGUCAAAUAUGGACAUUAUGGCCAUCAGUGGUGGAAUGUAACUAAGUACAUUUACUCAAUUACUGUAUUUAAGUACAAUUUUGAAGUACUAUUUCCAUUUUAUGCAACUUUAUACUUCUGCUCCACUACAUCUCAGAGGGAAAUGUACUUUUUACUCCACUACAUUGAUUUGAUAACUUUAGUUACUAGUUGCUUUGCAGAUUCUUAAUACAAAAUAUUAUCAACUAAUAAAUUCUGAUGUAUUAUUAUAGAUUACUGUAAACUACCCAGCAGUAUAUCAAGUAACUGAAAUUAGUUCCACCUUUACCAACUGCAACAUUAAAGUGAUGAAAGUGAAGUCAUUAAUGCAUCAAUAAUAUAAUAUAUAUGAUUGUGAAAUGGGCCAGUCUGCAUAAUGAGUACUUUUGGUACUGUAAGUACAUUUUGAUGCUAAUGCUUUUGUACUUUUACAUAAGUAACAUUUUACAUGCUUUUACUUGUAAUAGAGUAUUUCUACACUGUGGUAUUGCUACUUUUACAUAAGUAAAAUAUCUGAGUAUUUCUUCCACUGCUGAUGGUCAUACCUGCAGUACGUGUACUGUCAAAUAUCUCGUCUGAGAUUAGGGAUCUGAGGUGGCACUGACAGUCCAGCUGGAUUGGUAAGAAGACUCAAUUCAGGCUUUUCGUGGACUUUUAAAGGGUCAGUUUGCUCAAAUGGCAACAUAUUUGCUCACAUAUCUCUAGUGAUAUCUGGCCAUGCAGAUAGUGUAGUUUCAGUUUUAUUUGGUUUUGAGAACAUUUGUUGCCAGGAUUUUUAUUAGCAACAGUUGUUGGUCAUACUUUCCAAUGAAAACUGUUGACAGUGAGUAACCCCGGUGCCUUGUAUAUUGUUUUUGGAAAGCGCCAUUGUUGUUGAGAUGUGUGCAGGGAUAAUCAGUUGGCAGUCAUACCUCACCAAAAGAAUCUGAAACUAUCUGCACGGCAGGAUGCUAUUUAGAGUAAGCAGGACAGUGUUUUCUAUGAUUUGGGUGAACUGACCCUUUAAAGUCCUAACUGUUCUGGUGGUAAGGUGGUUUUCCCAACCCCUGUUCUUUACUGUUGUGACGGCUGUUACAGUUUUCAGCACCAUCACCUGAUUUAUUAUGUGAUUUUAGAAACUGUGUGUCCACAGUUCACAUUGUCUGUUAUUCCUUUUUGUAAUUGUUGUCACUCACAAACUGACGGAGUUCUUGAUGGAAGGACUGACACUGUGUGCAAGUAAAAUGUUUUUUGACACUGUAAAUGAUUUGAUUAUGUUUUUCUUUAACUUUGAGCAGAAUGGACCAGAAAGCCAUUGUUUUCAAGAAUCUGUGUAACGCGAUAUACACGGGUUUAAUGUACGUUUACACCAACAGUUCAUACUUAAACAUCCCAUAUCUGGGUUUUGAAGCAAAUGUUUACUUUUUACAGUGAAAAUGCAUGAUAAUGAUACUUACUUCUACAAUUCUGUAACUGUUUUUGUUUGUCAUCUGUAUCUGUCAACAAAAUAGGAAGUUUAAAUAUUCUUCCUUAUUUCACAUCCCAGUGAAUACAGAUACAUUUCUAAUAUUUGUUUUCAAAUACUUGUGAUGUGUUGGUUUUCUUUAUGUAUCACGAUUGCUGAAACAGGCCUUUGAGUACUGUGGCUGUUUGAAUGUAUUGCCAGUGGCAAGCAUAUUUUGACUAUGAAUUAACAGUGCGUGUUUAGAAUUCACUAUAUGCUACUGUGAACAGCAGAAACUGUCAUUUGAACAUGUUAUUCAGCCCUAUACAGGACCGACACAAUAUCAGUAUUUUUAAGCAUUUUCAAGAGAUUAAGUGGCAAAAUCCCACAAGAAGUGUGUUGAUCAGCCAUAUUUUGAAAUACAGCGUUUUAUUUCAAACAAGUUUUGUUUUUAUUCAAACAGAUUCUGGAGAAAGAUUCAGUUAUUUAAAUCAACUGGCUGAGGUUUUCAUUUGUUUUUAGGACUAAUUAAAUGAAAUGGAUCAAUACCAGAAAGCCCUGACUAUAAGGUGACAGGUAAAUGUUUUAGGAAAACAAUACUUAAACUGCACUGGCUUUCUCCUGACACCUGUGUAAUGAUCCAUCGAGUCCAAUGAAAACAUACACAAAAUGAACCAAUUGAACAUGAAGUAGCUGCCUUCCUGUCCUGCUAUCACAGACACUUCACAAAUGUAAAAGUUAUAAUAAUUUUGUAUCGUCAAUAAAAGCUCAUAUGUUCAGAAAACAGAGGAGGAAGUAAAAAGUGUUAAAGCAAAUGUUUUACCAGCAUUAGCAACCUCUUUGAAGUAAGAUGUUGGUUUUCUCCCCUUGAGAAAGACACCUAACCUCUAAAUAUUUCAGUGUAUUUGCUCAAUAUCCAACAAACCAUGACUGUGGCUGCUCUGUAACAGCGCCCAGUUACUAAAGUGCACAGUUUGAGCUGAGUUUGAGUUUCAAUGGACGGUUGAUUUCUCCCCUCCCUGAGUAAAUAAAGGUUCAAUAAAAUUAA